AUGGCAGACCUCGCAACCUGCGCGCCUUUGACGCCGUCGUCUGUGCGCUCCGCGCACAACAAAAUCAUCAACCACAUUCACCACACGCCGCUUCUUACCAACCGUACCCUCAACAGCAUCGCAUCAACACCUAUUCGUCCGGACGAGAAGGCCCCUCAGAUCCGCCUCUAUUUCAAGUGCGAGAAUGCACAACGGAUCGGGGCGUUCAAGGCGAGAGGAGCCUUUCAUGCGGUAUUGAGGCUGAUUGACGAGCUGGGUCUGGACGAGGUCAGGCGGAGGGGACUGGUCACUCAUUCUUCCGGGAAUCAUGCUCAAGCCCUCGCUCUCGCCGGAUCCACAUUUGACAUCCCCGCCCACAUUGUCAUGCCUACCAUUUCGACUCCCUCCAAAAUCGCCGGUACUCAGGCAUACACUUCACACGUUCGAUUCAGCGGGUCUACCAGCCAAGAACGUGAGGCGAUGGUUGCCGAGGUCAUGGCCGAGACCGGCGCUAUCCUCGUCCCGCCGUAUGACCACCCCGACAUCAUGCUUGGACAGGGUACGGCGGGGAUGGAGAUGGAGGAGCAGUAUCUGGGGACGCAAGGGGCAAAGUCGGAGGGAUUUGAUGCGGUGGUGGCGCCUUUGGGAGGCGGGGGCUUGUUGAGCGGAACGGCGAUAUGGUACUCGGACAAGCCGGGGACGAUGGUGUUCGGCGCGGAGCCAAACUACCAGGGCGGGAAUGACGGCGAGAUGGGACUCAAGGCGGAUCCACCUCGACGGAUCGAAACCGUCAAGACCCUCACCAUAGCCGACGGGCUACGCACACCGGUCGGCAAGAAUCCAUGGGGAAUCCUCACUGGCGGCAACUCGGUCAAACGCAAAUUCGUUGAAAGCGUCUACAGCGUCACGGAUGAUCAGAUCAAGGCGGCGCUAAAGCUGGUCAUGGAGCGGAUGAAGGUGUUUGUGGAGCCAAGUGCGGUUGUGCCGCUGGCUGUGAUACUAUACAAUGAUGAGUUCAGGCGGAUGGUGGCGGAGAGGCAGAAGGAAGGGGAGGUUUGGGAUGUGGGGGUGAUCUUCUCAGGGGGGAACACGACCAUCGAGGCGUUGAUAGCGAUGUUUGGGGCAGGGGAUGGGGUCCAAGGAGAGGAGGGCAAGCGGGCGGAGGGAGUGAUGGGGCUCGACGGGAAAGCUGUGGCGGAGAAUAUAGCUGGUUAG